AUGGCGGUGACAAUGGAUUCGGAAAAGCGAGUGUGGGAGGAGCAGGGGGAAGCACGGAGAAGGGCCGUGGGGGACGGAGAAGCGGAGGCGGGGAUGUUCCUGCGUGGGGACUUCCACACGUUGUCUGUGCACGAGGUGGAAAAGGUGUUCCAGACGGAGCUGCACAGGGGUCUCCGGGAGGAGGUUGCUCGCGAGCGGCUGGAAGUGGUAGGGGAAAACACGUUGGGAGAUGACACAAAGAUCAGUAUGACGGACAUUUUGAUCCGACAGAUUUGCAAUGCGAUGAUUCUGGUGCUGGUGAUUUCGAUGGUGAUUACGUUAGCGAUGGGGGAUUGGAUUUCAGGCGGGGUGAUAGCGUUUGUUGUGCUGGUUAAUGUUUCUAUAGGGGCGUACCAGGAGUACAAGGCGUGCAAGACGAUGAAUUCGUUGAUGGGGUUGUCCACGCCGUCUGCUCACGUGAUCCGGGAUGGAGAUGAUUUGGUUAUACCAUCUCGGAUGGUUGUGCCUGGGGAUAUCUGUUUGGUGAAGGUUGGGGACACGGUGCCGGCGGACUUGAGGUUGGUUGAGUCUGUUAACUUCGAGACGGAUGAGGCUCUGUUGACGGGAGAGUCUUUACCUGUGGCGAAGGAGCAUGGGGCUGUUUUUCCGGUGGACACGCCGGUGGGGGAUCGGAUAAAUCUUGCGUUUGCGUCUUCUACGGUGUCCAAAGGGCGUGCGACAGGGGUUGUGAUUAAGACGGCGUUGAAUACGGAGAUCGGUAAGAUUGCGGAUUCGUUGAAGGGCAAGAGGAAGCUGAUUUCGCGCGAGGAGGGGAAUAGUGUGUGGCAAAAUGUGUUGAUAACGGUGCAUCGGUCGGUGGGGGCGUUUUUGGGCACGACGACGGGCACGCCUCUUCAUAGGAAGCUGGCGAAGCUGUCUGUUAUUUUGUUUUUUGUUGCGGUGGUUUUUGCGUUGAUUGUGAUGGCGACUCAGAAAUACAAGGUGAACCGUGAAGUUGCGAUUUAUGCGAUUUGUGUUGCAGUGUCGAUGAUCCCGUCGUCGCUGGUUGUUGUUUUGACGAUCACGAUGUCGGUUGGCGCCAAGGUGAUGUCUACGCGGAAUGUUAUUGUUAGGAAAUUGGAUUCUUUGGAGGCGCUCGGGGCUGUGAACGAUAUUUGUUCGGAUAAAACAGGGACUUUAACCCAGGGUCAGAUGAUUGCGAAGCAGAUUUGGGUUCCCGGGUUUGGUACUUUGACUGUAAAUAAUUCCAAUGCUCCGCUGGAUCCCAGUAUAGGUGAUGUGAGCUUGAUUCCGCGGUUUUCCCCAUGGGAGUAUCAACACGAUGAUACUGAAGAUGUUGGGAUUAUGGAAAACUUUAAAAAGUUAUGGAAAGCUGGGCGUUUACCGGAAAGCAUGCCGGUAUGGGUUUUUGAAGAAUGGUUGCAUACGGCUACUCUGGCGAACAUUGCGUCUGUAUUUCAGCAUUCAGAAACAGGCAAGUGGAAGGCACACGGAGACCCUACUGAGAUCGCUAUUCAGGUGUUCACAACACGGAUGGAUUUGCCAAGAAACGUUUUAACGUUGGAAGAUGUGUGCGAUGAGGAGAAAGGGGAAGAGGAAGAAGUCACGGAGGUCAUUAAGCGCAGUGGAGAGGAUGAGGAGGAUGAGGAGGAGGAGGAGGAGGAGGAGGAGAAGCGACAAAGACUGCAAGGUGGUGUUGCCACAUACAAACAUCUUGCGGAGUUUCCCUUUGAUUCAUCAGUCAAGCGGAUGGCUACGGUGUAUGUUAAUUUAAAGGACGAAAAUGCAUAUCAUGUGUUUGCAAAGGGUGCAUUUGAAAGGGUCUUGGAAUGCUGUACUCAUUGGCGCCCAUGUCCUGGCGAUUCUGGUUUAGUUGAGCCGUUGACCGAAAAGGAUUUAAAAUUUCUUCAGAAAAAUGUUGAUACAAUGUCUACUGAGGGUUUAAGGGUACUUGCAUUUGCGACCAAAAAGUUUACCGAAGGUGAGGCCUCAAAGCUUGGUGAUCGUUUAAUCAAAGAUCGUGACUUUGUGGAGAGUGAAUUGGUUUUCCAGGGACUAAUUGGAAUUUACGACCCACCAAGGCCAGAAACGGCCGGUGCAGUUAAAAAGUGCCACAGGGCUGGUGUCAAUGUCCAUAUGUUGACGGGUGAUUUCCCUGGUACUGCCAAGGCAAUUGCACAGGAGGUUGGCAUUCUUCCGCACAAUUUGUAUCAUUAUCCAAAGGAGGUUGUUGAUAUAAUGGUUAUGACUGCUACGCAAUUUGAUAACUUAAGCGAUAAAGAAAUCGAUGAACUGCCCGUUCUCCCUUUAGUCAUUGCUCGUUGUGCUCCGCAAACCAAAGUGCGUAUGAUUGAUGCUUUGCACCGUCGUAAUAAGUUUUGCGCAAUGACUGGUGAUGGAGUCAACGAUUCCCCUUCUUUAAAGAAGGCCAAUGUCGGAAUUGCAAUGGGUAUUAAUGGUUCAGAUGUUGCUAAGGAUGCAUCUGAUAUUGUUUUGAGUGACGACAACUUUGCAUCGAUUCUCAAUGCUGUCGAAGAAGGGAGGAGAAUGAGUGACAAUAUUCAAAAGUUUGUUUUACAGUUAUUAGCUGAAAACGUUGCACAAGCAUUGUAUUUAAUGCUUGGGCUAGCCUUUUUAGAUGAUGAUAAGCUGUCAGUGUUCCCUCUAUCUCCUGUAGAGGUGUUGUGGAUUAUCGUCAUCACUUCUUGUUUCCCAGCUAUGGGCCUAGGUUUGGAAAAGGCGUCUCCAGAUAUUAUGGAAAAGCCUCCAAAGGAUUCGAAAGCAGGAAUUUUUACUUGGGAGGUGAUCGUGGACAUGAUGGUUUAUGGUGUGAUGGUGGCUGCUUGCUGUCUGGGUUGUUUUGUGUCAAUCAUUUACAAAGACGGACAUGGCAACCUAGGAACAAAUUGUAACAGUGAUCACAACGAAUCUUGCUCAUAUGUUUUUAAAGGUCGUGCGGCGACAUUUGCCACUAUGACAUGGUGUGCCUUAAUUCUGGCAUGGGAAGUCAUUGAUAUGAGAAGAUCUUUUUUUAUGAUGAAGCCGGAAACUGAUACACCAUACACUCAAGUUUUCAGAGAUAUUUGGUCCAAUCAAUUUUUAUUUUGGUCUGUAAUUUUUGGAUUCAUAUCUGUUUUCCCCGUUGUUUAUAUUCCAGUUAUUAAUAGAAAGGUCUUUCUACACGCACCCAUUGGAUAUGAAUGGGGGUUGGCCUUUGCUUUUAGUAUUUUCUUUUGGAUAGGUGCUGAGUUUUACAAGUAUAUCAAGAGGCGUUACUACAGAAACAAAGACAGGGCUGUUAAUCCUGUAAGUGAUUUGGAAAAGCGUAGAGUUCAUGAUCCAUUUGAGCAAUACAAUACUACACAUUCAAGGACCACGACAGCUACCUAUCAACUUACAGAGCAAUUUGCCGAUAAAGAAGCUGGCAUAUGA